UUGCCUCGCAGGACCACACUGGCUGUCCCUGUGGACUUGGAGCGCAGUGCCCGCUGGCGAAGCAGGGACAACUACCAGCUCGCCCGGCUCCCUGUUAGCAUGAGCUCCCCAGCGCCUCGCCUGUCAUGAGGGAAGGGGCUUCUGGGUCCUUGCAAGAACUCACUCCACUCUCCGGUUCUCUUCUGCAGCUGCUGGAGGCUGAGACGCAGAAUGGACGAACUUCUGCUGUCUGGAGGAGGCAAGAGAAGAAAGCUUGGAGACUAACUCUGCCAGGCACUGCUGUUUGGUAUUUUUUUCUUCCCUUCCAUCUCCACCACAAACCUUAGACAUCUGUCUCUUCCCUGGGCACUGAGACAUGGGGUCUCCAUGGCUGGCGGAGGAACCACUGGAAACAGAAUCCCCGAAGCAGAAGGGCUGCUCAGCCUCCCCUGGCCAUACGUUGUGAAUGAAGUCAUCCAUGCAGGGUAACAGAUCACUGUGGGGCCAGCAAAUAGGAAAUGCAAAGGCUGUGACUCAACGCUCAUUGUCGGCGGAAUCCAAACGGCUCUGAAGUGGAAAGCAACUUUUAUAUCCAUUAAGCUGCUGUUUUUCUCUUGAUUGGAGUGCAUCUUGGAAAUCCGGGUGAGCCCACCACCCUCCGGCUGGGAUGCCUUCUGCGAUGCCGCUGCCUCCCCGAGAUGGGGGCCUGGACCCCAGGGGCCAUCCCUAUGGUUCCUACAUCCCCUCGAGUCCAUUCUUCCCUGGCCCCGUGGAUUCGCCGGCCAUCAAGGGCCUUUACUACCGCAGGGUCCGCAGGGUGGCCGCCCUGGACGUGUCCCCAGCAGCCGACCUGAAGAAGGAGAUCCUGGUCAACGUGGGGGGCAGGAGGUACGUGCUGCCCUGGAGCACGCUGGACGACUUUCCGCUGAGCCGCCUGAGCAAGCUCAAGUUCUGCCGGAACUACGAGGAGAUCACCCAGCUCUGUGAUGACUACGACGAGGACAGCCAGGAGUUUUUCUUCGACCGGAGCCCCAGUGCCUUUGGGGUGAUCGUGAGCUUCCUGGCAGCCGGGAAGCUGGUCCUCCUGCGGGAGAUGUGCGUGCUGUCCUUCCGGGAGGAGCUCACCUACUGGGGCAUCGAGGAAGCCAACCUGGAGAGAUGCUGUCUGCGCAAGCUGCUGCGCAAGCUGGAGGAGCUGGCCGGGCUGCGCAGGGACGUGGAGCUGCAGCAGCGCCGGGAGGCCUGGGGCUCCACGGUCCACACCUCGUGGUGGGGGCUCUUCGUGGACCGGCUGCGCGACAUGGUGGAAAACCCGCAGUCGGGGCUCCCGGGUAAGGUCUUCGCCUGCCUGUCCAUCUUCUUCGUGGCCACCACGGCUGUCAACCUGUGUGUCAGCACCAUGCCCGACCUGAGGGCCGAGGAGGACAAGGGCGAAUGCUCUCGAAAGUGCUACUCGAUCUUCCUCGUGGAGACCAUCUGCGUGGCCUGGUUUUCCCUGGAGAUCUGCCUGCGGUUUCUCCAGGCCCGGAGCAAGUGCCAGUUCUUCCAAAGGCCCCUGAACAUCAUCGACCUCCUGGCCAUCUCCCCGUACUACGUGUCCCUGGCGGUGUCUGGCGAGCCCCGGGAGGAGGGCGAGCGGCCCGGCGGCGGCUCCUACCUGGAGAAGGUGGGGCUGGUGCUGCGCGUGCUGCGGGCGCUGCGCAUCCUGUACGUGAUGCGCCUGGCGCGCCACUCGCUGGGGCUGCAGACGCUGGGGCUCACCGUGCGCCGCUGCACGCGCGAGCUCGGCCUGCUGCUCCUCUUCCUCUGCGUGGCCGUCACGCUCUUCUCCCCGCUCGUCUACCUGGCCGAGAACGAGUCCGGGCGCGUCCUGGAGUUCACCAGCAUCCCGGCCUCCUAUUGGUGGGCCAUCAUCUCCAUGACGACGGUGGGCUACGGCGACAUGGUCCCGCGCAGCGUGCCCGGACAGAUGGUGGCGCUCAGCAGCAUCCUGAGCGGGAUCCUCAUCAUGGCCUUCCCAGCCACGUCCAUCUUCCACACCUUCUCGCACUCCUACCUGGAGCUCAAGAUCCGGCAGGAGCAGCUGCAAGCCCGCCUGCGCCGCCUGCAGCACGCCAGCACCGCCAGCGAGCGCGCCCUCCUCCACGACGUGGACGAGCCCACCCCGGAGGCAGCCGCCCUUCCCAUCGGGUCCAUUUCACUGGAGCACCCCUUCAGGAAUACGUUGGGGGUUUCGCCGCUGUAACGUUGACUCCUUGCUCUUGACGGAAGCACGCUCAGGAAUAUCAGCGUACAUCACCUAGUGGUCUGUUUCUAGAGCUCCAGGGGACACUCCCAAAGCUAGGAGGGCCCCAAGGCCCAAGGUGUUUGGUCUGUGUGAUUCUGGUCCCUCAUGGCUGCAAUGAGGCAGGCUGAGCUUGCCCGUUCUGCUUGCCUUUUCUUCUUUUCCUGCCACUUACUGGGCAGAUCCAAUGUGGCUGGGUUAGAUCCACCUCCCUUCGUUCUCAUUUCCUCCCCAGCAGAGUCUUUAACAUCCCAAGCUGGGUUCCAGAUGCCUACAGAAUCGGUCACCAGUGGCAUUUAAAUAUCACGCCAACUGGAUUACCUUCUUCCUCUAAGUCCCUCUUCCCUGGACCACACCAGGAAAUCGAGGGUCCAACCAUGGCAAACCCCUCGGAUCAUAUCUCCCUACCCAAAAUCCAUGGGGCCACAAUCCUUUCAUGAGUCCCAGUAAGGAUCACUAGGUUCUUUCUGCUUGUUCUUUCUUUCCGGUGGCGUUUUCCUAAAGCAGCUGCUGCCCCAGCCAGUUCUGGAAGCUCUGCCAAGAAGGCAGAACUGGCCUCUUUGCAUUAAAUCCCUCAUUGGGAGCCGGUGGCCUCAAACCUGCCCCCUCCUAAUACCCCUGGGCGCCACCUCCCAGCACAAAGUCCCACCUGGACGUUUUGCCCAAAAGGACUCUUGGCAGGAACAUCUCCAGAUACCCUGUCCUCCGUCUUGACAGACACUAACUCCUUCAGAGCUCAGAAUUGUCCCUUGAGACAAUGGCUCCUGCUGUUGGUUCCUCCAGUGCUGCCAGGAACUUGGCUUUCAAUUCUCUCCUAAGUCUUCUUGAUGUAGCCACAGACACAGCGUCGCUUCAGUGCAGAAACAAGGGCAGCCUCGGGCUUGGUCCCUUAUCAGCUUUUUGGGCCAGAUCCUUUGACACCAGAUGAUGGACCUGCUCAGCUCAUUUUUAAAUUAAUUAAUUCAUUCAUUCAUGAAUAGAUUCUGCCUUUGCAUCUAGGCAGAUGUAGGACCAAGUCAUUAGAGAUAAAAGCAGAGACUAGGGAGGAAAGACCAGUGAAUUGUGAGUGGAUCACAAAAAGCUUUACAGAGGAACGAGGAGGGGUUGAGUGUGGAGGGGUAUUUGGGUGGAUGACGCUGGGAAGGUGGGUUGGGAUGAGAACAUGGUGGCCCUCGAAGGCUUUGCUAGAGAAUUUGGACCUUAGGGGAGAUGGAAGGGAGACGUUGGAGAUGUUUGAGGGGAGAUGCAGUGUGAACAGACCUGUAGGUUAGGAUGAUGAGAAAGGUAGAAUGGGAUGGGGGGCAGUUUGGAAUCAGAAUGGUUAAGUAGUUCAAAUAAGAUAUGAGGGCUUAACUCCUGGCUUGACUAAUUAUACCAGCUUUGCCACAUCCUGGCAUCUUGUCUGUCUUAGUUUGCCAGAGCUACUAUUGGCAAACACCACAUGACGAGUUGGCUUUAACAACAAGCAUUUAUUGUUUCAUGGCUUUGGAAGCUAAAAGUCCAAAAUCAAGACGUGGCAUGGCCAUGCUUUCUUCUGGUGAUGACGGUCCUCUGUCAUUUGGAAUUCCUCUGCUCUCUGGCUUCUUCUGACAUCUGGCUUCAUCCUGAGGCUUUCUCUGACUGCAUCGGAAUUUCUUCUCUUUAUAAGACAUCCAAGCAUGUGAAUUAAGACCUAUCCUGAUUCAAUUUGGCCACAGUUUCACUAAUAAUAACAUCUUCAAAGGGUCCUAUUUACAGAUGGGUUCGUACCCAUAGGGACACAGAUUAAGAUUUGAACCUGUCUUUUGUGAGAUACACAAUUUGAUUGCCAUCAUCUAAUUGACCCCCCCAAAAAAAACCCAUGUGGGAAGUAUCUCAAUGGCACUUCCCAUAAAAGACACAACCCCAUGCAUGGUUCCUCACUGUCCACUCAAGAAAACCCACUGGUUUACACGUGGGUGACAGUGAAGUAGCCAGGAGACUGCGAAUCUGUUGCGAUUCGUGUGUAAGAGGCUUCAGCAUCUUAUGACUGGUGACAACUAACUUGCUGUCCUACUAUGUGUCAGGCAGACACCUCCACCUGAUGGUGACGCCGUUCAUCAGACCUGCCGAGGGCUGUGGCCAGCACUAGCUUUGGGCUAGCCUUUGCCAUGGAGGGAGCCCUCACUUUCCUUGACCCCCCCGGGUUCCCUCCCAGUGGACAUGGGCACAUUCCCCCCGCUUCUAAACCCCAGGAGUCAGCAGAGUCCCCUCAGUCAUUCCCAAGUGAGCUCUUUGCAUAGGGUGUGGUGGCCAGGUACACAGAGAACACACCUGCACCCUACACAGUCCCCACCUGGACCAGCUACUCUACCCCAAGAGGUGACUUGUGAGUCUUGUGAGCCUCUGGCAGAAACCACGUUAUGAGCACCUUGGACAACUCCCAUGAGUCUUUUGUUCCAGGCUAAUUUUUUAUAGCUACUCUUAGGCCAGGUAUAAAAAGGUCAACGUCUCCUAGUAACUCUGUUAACAUCGUGCGGGGGGACGGAGGGGACAGAAGACUCGGGUGCUUGCUUGGGUCCAAGUUUUUACUCCGCCUUUCUGGGCCUCAGCUCAUCACUGUCAACAGAAGGGUUUGGUGUAGAUCUGUGGUUUCUAAAUGGGGUUCCACAGAGCACCCUCGGAAGCUGCCGAGUGGCUGCAGAGGAGCCUCCAGGCGGGCUGGACUCUUCAUCCCAGGAUGCAACAGCUCCAAGUAAUGAUUUUUUUUUUAUUGUGCAAGUUUCUAGGCACCCUUCCCUACACGAGUAAAUGUCCUCCCACGUCUUUAAACUAAGGUGCAAGCUCACCCCUAAAACCAGAGAAGAAUCCCUGACAGCCACUGGGGAAAGGAAGACCUGGACCCCUGGGGUCCCCGUUACACCCCACAUCUGGCCUUCCCUCUUCUGACAAAGGAAUUAUGACCUGGUGCUGUAAUUACAGCUCUACUCGUCCCCCAUAACUGGCUUCCACCCAGGUGUCCCCAGUUUCCUUUGUUUCACAGACCAGACAUCUGAACAAAAGUGUGCCAGGGCUAAAAGGAAAGUUUAAAAUCAGAGUUAGGUAACCCAUCGUUGACAUUACCAGAUUCUAUAGUGUGUUAAUUCAUGCCCAGUCGAAAUUAUUUACUCAAGUAGCAAUGGAAAAUUGGAAUUGAUUGCUCACAUGUGGGGUUUCAUUAGCAGCGCUAUUUUGUCUCCCUGGCAACGUCCCAGGGCCUUGUUUUGAGCUGGUGUAGUCUGGCUUUGCCUGUGCAGCCCUUCCUUCAUGCCGAUUGGAUGGGCGAGGGAUGACAAGGAAGUUGCUAGGUAGAUUCUUCACUCUCGUUGGCUGAAAAGGGGUCUUGUGAUCCCCAGGAGGGGUGGGUUUCUCUGAGGCCAAUGGCAUGACUGUAGCCAAAGGCGGAAAUUUCCCAGCUGCGGGAAAGAGGACUUGGCACCUGACCUUAAGCCUUUCCAGCUUGUAUUGUGGACAUGGGCCCAGAGGUUCCUUUGAGAUUAUGGUUCCCCGUCUUUCCAGCCGGCCUGAGCUGAGCCCAGGAAGUGAGCUGAGGACGGGUGGGUCACUUCAAUACGUGGGAGGGCUGGAAGUGGGGCUCUGCCCUGGGGGGUGCUGGGGACCCACCGACUUUUGACGGCUUUGCUUUUAGAGCUUUAGAAUGUGACACCCAGAAGGCCCAUCAGAAGACAUUCAGUCCAAAGGUUCUUAGCCAGAAGUUUCCAUGCGGAUCGGUGAACCUCUACAAGCAGCAAAGCAUGUGUACGUUAACGUGCAUUUCAAGGUGCAAAGUGGCCAGCAGUUUCACUGGAUUCUUCGAGGAAUCCAUGACCUCCCCUCAAAGGACAAAAGCUCUAAAGUAAAUCAACUCCCUCAUUUUAGGAUGGAAGACCAAGGCUCAGAGAGGGGAAGCCAUCUGCCCAAGGCCACACAGCCAUUCCCUUAGUAAGACCCACAUAUCAGGAUUCCCAACUGCACACUCUCUAGGAUAUUUUGCCUCCUUCUCUUAGGCUCACCUAGCACAGUGCUCAAAUCUCUCGAAGAAAAUAGACAGGACUGCGGUCGCAGUUACAUUGUCUGGGGGGAUGGCGGCCGGUUGCUGAACCCUCGGCUCUCGGCGUUGCUCGGAGGGU